CACAACCUCCCGUCCAACCCAAAGGCAUCCUUCGUGCUCCCCAGCCCUUGGCUACACCAACGCAUGGCGGCUGUCGUGGAAGGGUGAGAUAUAUGUACCCCGGCUUUGGCCACGUUGGCUCCAGGUUCAGCCCCCGACUCCGCAUCGCAUAUAUCUCACUCCCUCUUUCCCGUCGUCACCGCCAGCUCCAUACUCUCCAGGAUGUUUCCCAUGUCGGUUCUGUGGAAGGCUCCGGCCGUGAACCCCGUCAACCUCAAAGCUCGGAGUAUACCCGUCUUCAAUCCGGUGGAUAAGUAUGGACGGGUGUUUUUCUUCUCGUGGUGGGGGUUCUUUAUUGCUUUUUGGUCGUGGUAUGCCUUCCCACCCCUCCUCAGCGUCACCAUCAAACAAGACCUCCACCUCACCCGUCCGCAAAUCGCCAACUCCAACAUCGCUGCUUUGACCGGCACCUUACUCGUACGUUUCUUUGCUGGACCUCUGUGUGACAAAUUUGGGCCGAGAUGGACAUACAUCGCCAUCCUCCUCGCGGGCUCUAUCCCUACUGCCAUGGCGGGACUGGUAACCAAUGCAUCCGGGCUGAUCGCUCUCCGCUUCUUCGUCGGUAUCCUAGGAGGCACGUUCGUUCCCUGCCAAGUCUGGUCGACGGGAUUCUUCGACAAGAACGUCGUGGGGACGUCGAAUGCAUUGAUUGGAGGUUGGGGGAAUGCGGGUGGUGGGAUUACUUACUUUCUCAUGCCGUUGAUUUAUGACAGUCUGAAGUCCGAUCAAGGCCUCACCUCCAACGUCGCCUGGCGAGUAGCCUUCAUCGUUCCCUUCAUCCUUAUCGUCGCCACCGCCCUCGGCAUGCUCUUUCUCUGCGAAGACACUCCAACCGGAAAAUGGAGCGAGCGACACGCCGCCAUCGAACGUCUCCACUCCUCCCUCGCCAUCACCGGCCGCGAAGUUGCGAUCCCCGGCUCAAUCGACGACAAACCCGUCCCAUCAUCAAGCGGCGCCUCAACCCCUCGCCCGCACCACUCCGAGAAAAAAGACCCCGCCAUCACCGAACACGAAGCUGGCCGUCCAAUCCCCACAACCCACGGCGAAAUAAUCGACCUCGCCCGCGCAGAAAUCGUCACCCCUCCAACCCUCCAGCAAACCUUGAAAGUCCUCACCUCCCCCCAAACUCUCUUCCACUGCUUAACUUACUUCUGCUCCUUCGGCGGCGAACUCGCCAUAAACUCCUCCCUCGGCGCCUACUACCUGCACAACUUCCCCUCCCUCGGCCAAACCGGUUCCGGUCGGUGGGCCUCCAUGUUCGGCCUCCUCAACAUCAUCACCCGUCCCCUCGGCGGCGUCAUCGGCGACUUGAUCUACCACCACACUUCCUCCCUAUGGCUCAAAAAAACCUGGAUCGUCUUCGUAGGCAUCGUCUCCGGAGCCUUCCUCAUCGCCAUCGGACUCACCAAUCCGAUGGAUGAUGGCAGGAUGUUUGGUCUGAUUGCGGGCAUGGCGUUUUUCUUGGAAGCGGGGAAUGGAGCGAAUUUCGCGUUGGUGCCGCAUGUGUGGCCGGAGAGUAAUGGAGUGGUGAGUGGGAUUGUGGGCGCGGUGGGGAAUUUGGGAGGGGUGUGUUUUGCGAUUUUGUUUAGGUUUCAUGGGGCGGAUUAUGCGGAGAGUUUUUGGAUCACGGGAGUCAUUAUCGUUGGGAUGAACGUUGUGCUAUGCUGGGUGAACCCGUUGCCGAGGGGGCAGAGGAUGGUGCGGUAG